AUGGUUAAACCUCUUGAAAAUGACCGCUUCGAGAUGUUCUCACCUCUGCCUCCACCACUUUCUCCGGGCAGGGGAAGCGAUGCAUUUGGGAAUGAUGAAGACCCUGGUGAGGUAUCCAAGCUAGCUGAGGUUCCUCCUGCCAAAAGAGCAGUAGUGAAGAGACCCCAGCCAAAGCUGGACUCUCACAGGCUGACGUCUGAAAAAGGCCUUCCAGCUCUACGAACACUUUUUGAAGACGUCCGUUUUAAAGGCAAGGGACAUGAGGCCGAGGACGUGCGUCUGCUGAUGCAGAAGAUGGAGAACUGGGCACACAGGUUGUACCCCAAAUUUCAGUUGGAAGAUUUCAUCGACAAAGUGGAGAAGCUGGGUGCUAAGAAGGAAGUGCAGACAUGUCUCAAACGGAUACGCCUUGACAUGCCGCUGACACGGGAAGAUUUUACCGGUGAAGACGGUCCUGUUGACGCUGAAGUCUCAGGCGAUUCUGAUCCUUACAGCAGUCAAAGCCUCCACGGCGACCUGCACGGGUUAAUCCACUCCACCCCAGCUGCCCCCUCUCUCACAGACGAUCAGCGCAGACGAAUGGAGCUGAACAAGAAGCGGGCCUUGGAGAGGAGAAUUGCCCGCCAGCAACAGCUAACAGACUCACAGACAGACGACUCAUCUUUGCAAGCAGGUGAAUCCUCCAUGAACACAUCAGGGGAUGUUGUCAACCAUUCCAAAAGACAGUGGGAGGAUGAGGUGCCAGCGAGCCAAAUUUCAUCCCUGUUGUCAGGCAAUGCCGCCGGGUCCUCCUCGAUUUUGUUCGAAAAAGCUGUGACUGAGUCUCAGGCAGCCUCAACAGCUAGUAUCAGCAGUUAG